AUGAAUAAAUGUGAAGAACUCUGCUCACACUAUCAAACACUUCAACUUACAUCAAAUGCCAGUUCAAGUGAAAUCCGACAAGCUUAUCUUCGACUCAUCAAGCUAUCGCAUCCGGAUAAAAAUCAACUUUGUGGACCUACCCUAUACGAGUCUUCGGCUCAAAGAAUCAUAGAAGCUUAUGCCAUCUUGGCCGAUCAGACGAAACGGGAAGCAUACGAUCUCAAACUAAAGCUGGAUCAAAGCCAAGCAGUGCUUGGAUCCAAAUGUCAAAACGAUACCAGGAAGCCAAUCGUAUCCCACACUGUCGACCUUUCCGAAUUCACUGAAAUCUCAACUGUCACGAAGAUCACCGAACACGAAGAGCCGGUUCAACAAUUUAUCUAUUCAUGUCGAUGUGGUGGCCAAUUCAUGAUCACUAGCCAAGAUAUGGAGUCUAAGAGGGACAUUGUUGGAUGCAACGGUUGUAGUUUAACUGUUAAGGUUGAAUUUGAAUUUGACUGCGGCGACAGCGACAGCGACAAAUGA